GUAGAGGUGGCUGGGUUCAGUUUGCAAUGGACCUGCGUGGUAGAUCAAGCUACGACGGACCCACAGAUUUUUACAUUUUUCCAGGCACAUCAUCAGCACGUCUUCCCACUUUGACAUGUAAAAUCGUAUGUUUCACCAUUCGGUCAAUGGGGCCUCUUGACCCACCUCUGUCGACAGCGUUCUGGUACUUCAACAACGCACCUGUUCAAGACAAUGCAUUGUUCAGGAUUGAACAGUAUGACAGAGACCUUCGCGCUGGAAGUCCCAAUGCUAUAGUAUACACCAGACAGAUGCACUGGCCAGCAACUAUCACUCAAUCUAUGGUCGGCACGUAUGAAUGCGGCUUUCGACGGCAAGGAGUACUUUCUUCGAGGACCACUGCAACUUUACAUGUUCCCAUUGUUCCAUACAUUACAUUCAUCAGUGGAUCCAUGACUAUCGUGUCCACAUCAUGGCAGGUGGGAUCAAUUGCCUUGGUGUGCAGAGCAAACGGCACGGGACCAUUGAAUAUGACGUGGACUAAGAAUGGAAGAAUACUACCAGCAUAUAAUGGUGCAAAUGGUUGGACACGUAAGCUAGGUGAUUACCUAAGUGUGGACGACUCAGGGAUAUAUACUUGUACAGUAUCUACACCCUUUGGAACUGCUUCAAAACAACUGACCAUCCUAGUACAAGAUAUUCCCAGGUUUCUUGUUGCCCCUAGACCCGCACUCAUUGUCCAGGAUACCCUAAGCGCAACUUCGGUCACUCUCAAUCUUCAAUCACCAUCAUUCAAAGGAAAUCUAAUUGUCACAAGUUAUAAAGUCAUUUGUAAACCAGAUGAAGAGUACAGAUCUUAUGUGAAGGACACUGUUCAAAGUGUUCCACUCAAUACUGUCACAAUUAUUGGACUUCAACCAGCCACCAAGUACACCUGCUGGUAUCAUGCAGAAAAUGCUGCUGGUCCAAGUGGUCCAAGUCCCAGCCUAAGACUGGAGACUCCCGAAUCAUCGGCUGCGGCACCCCAAGGCCUCACUGCUGUCUCAACAUCCCCGGGUCAUGCGACGAUAGGGUUUAAGCCAAUGCCACCUGCUCUUUCCCAUGGUACUCUCAUUGGCUAUGAGAUUAGUUACGAUGCAGUUGGGUGUAACAAAGUAGAAGAUUGUCAAUGUCAACUCUACAACUGUUCUCUGCACGGAUCUAUUCGAGUUCAUGAAAGUUGGGUCAGCAACUCAAUUUCACUAUCUGGCUUGCGACAUUUUACACAGUAUCAGAUUACUGCUGCAGCCAUUAAUGGAGUGGGUCUUGGUGUUAAAGCAAGGAGGUGGCUCAUAACUCAGAAGCCAGCCCCAGGACCAGUGAGGAAUUUGACAGCCAUACCCAUAUCAAGCUCUGCACUGCAGGCAAGAUGGCAAGCACCAGAAACAACUUACGGUGAGUAUUGUUUUCAAGAGCAUGGUCUGUAG